GCCACAUGUCCGCCAUAGCUAUUUUCUGACGUUCACUCGUAAGUCGUAUCGUAAUAAUUAGUAUUAUAAUUUUGAUUGUAAGGUUGUGUAACUUUGACUUGAUUAUUUAAUUAGUUUUGAUUAAUAUAAGACACGAACCUGGAAAAUUCACUGGUGUCAGGAUGGAGUCUCCGCGAAAAUUUAACGAUUGUUACUUCUAUUAUUACUCUACAUGCACGAAAGGUGACAACUGUGUGUUUCGCCAUGAGCCAUCAGCUCUUGGGUGUGAAACUAUGUGCACAAAUUGGCAGCAAGGAAAGUGUUUAGACAAACAUUGUAAAUUGCGCCAUAUGGAGCUCCGGAAAAAUCGUAAACAGAUACCUUGCUAUUGGGAAACUCAACCGGGCGGUUGUCGUAAGAAGCAUUGUCCUUUCAUGCAUAAGAAUCCAGAUGCUCGUACAGAUGGAAUUGCCCCUAGUCAACCAGUACCAGUAGUCUCUGUUGCAUCGACUGCAGCCACUAGCACUAUUCCAGAGGCAAGUGCUGAGCAGGCACUUCCUGGAGUACCCACACCAAAUGUACAGCCUCCACCCACUGCUCCAAUGCCGAUGCUGUGGCAACAACAAAGACAAGUGGUACUGGACUCGGCCAUCCUGGGCGUGCUGCCCGCGCCCGGCGAGCUGCUGGCCGGGCGCCGCGUGGUGUCCCACGCCCACCCCCACGCCCACCCCCUGCCCCACGCCCACCCCCACACACAUGCCCACGCCCACGCGGUGCCUCAGCAUGACCCAGGGUACCCGCCGCUCCCCGUCGACCCACUCGUGGUUAACUUCGAGGAAGAGUCGGACAACGAGAGUGCGCCUUCAUCAACCCCCACCAAACCUGACGCCGAGGAGCAGAGGAUCGCUCGCACCAAGUCUCAGGAACUCUUUCUACUCGAAAAAAUACAGGCCGAAUCAGCUGCCUUCUAUAACUACGACUCUUUACCGCCCGUGGAAGCAUCUAAGGAUAGGAAAAUCGUCAGAUCUAACCUCUCUACGAAAUACGACAGGUUAUCACUUGACGAGCUCGCUGGCAACAAACAAGCAGAAAGACGCAGUUCGUUGGAUUUCAAAAUACUUUCGCUGGAAGAAAUACGAGCAAGAAAGAAGGGACCUGAAGCCGUGAUCCACCCAACACCGAUCACAAUAAACCUUAACAGAAAACGAAAGUUAUCUACACAGGAAAGUCUAACAACAUCUGGCAACAAAAUUAUAAAAAUGGUCCGAAGCAAUUCUAUAGUUUACAAAAAAGUUGAUCAUAACGCGACUGCACAGAACCAAGCGAAGCCUGAACAGAAGAAAAACGAAGAAACAAAUCGGAAACGGACAUUGUCUGAACAGAGCGAUGUCUAUGAAAUGCAUGAACACGAAUUAGAGGACAACUGUUAUGAAUUCAAAAGAAUCAAAUUUGGCGAAUACACAGUUAAACCAAAGUUAAUAAGAAGUAGAAGUUCGAAUAAAUCUACAAGCGAAUCUAAAGACGAUGAAAUAGACAAUUGUAAGGCGGAUCAUGAUUCUGAUUCCGAAGUACAAUUCGUAAGCAGCGACAAUUCACAGGAACGUUUACAAACACCGGUUGAAAUUAUAGAUGUUGAAACGAAAAGCGUAGAAGUGGAUGAUGUUGUUGAUCUGUGUGACGAUCUGGAAGAUGAUGAUGAAAUCACAAUAGCUGAUCUAGAUUUGGACUUAGUUAAGAAUGUACCGGAUGUUGUCGCGAGCUGUCGCCACACGAAAACUGGUGAUAAAGAUAUACUCAACGAUAUAGACGCAUUGUUGAAUGAUGACUUAUGAUCUAGGCUCUGUUUAGUUAUAGUUUAAAGUAUAAUUGUGAUAAUUCAACAAAGUUCAAAUUAUUUGAUAGAGAAACUACAAGUUGUAGUGAUUACGUUUUACUUAGUAUAAGGUUAGUGGAUAUUUUACCAUAGAGAUGUUUUAAAGCUUUACAAGUAUUGAAUGAAAUAUAAUUUAUUCCAUAAAAUUUAACUCUAAAACAAUAUUGUUGUAAUCUAUGGAAUGACAUAUGCUACUAUAUUGGAAUACUUUUCAGCCAGUCUUUUAUACUAAUUAAUACAACUGUACUUGAAGAUACUUGUAAGACACUUAUAAAACAGUUAUGGUAUUUCAUAUAUUAAUCAAUUGGAACCGGGUAUUAAUUUUAAAUAUUAUUUCGUUUAUAAAUAAAAAAUAUAAACUCCUAUUUUUAUAUGAGAGGGGCCUAAUGGAAUUUACAUGAGUUCUUCCUUUUACAUCCGUUCCUGGAUUAUGAAGUGGGAGUAUGCUCUAAGUUUGAAGGUUCCUAAGUCGUAUCGGUCCGGGUAUAAUGCUCCCAGGACAUGAUUACAGAAAGUGGCUGUGCCAGGUAAGAAGUUUGAAAAUUAUAAGUGAUAUUUUGAAUUCAGAUGUAUGAACAUACUAUAUGUAUGGGAGUGUUUAGUAUCAAAUUUGGAUACUUCUCGUUCAAUUUUUAAAAAGUUAUUGAUGUCAUUUUACUGAUUAGGUAAAGUAUAUUAGUUUAAUUUUUUUUAAUCGCCUGGUCACAACGAUUACACCCUGUAUAUUUUAUUAUUGCUGCGGUUCUUUAAAUGCUGACUGAUAUUUCUCAAUGUGACCAUCUCUUAAAUGAAAUUAGCCUUAAAAUGUUCUAUACGAACAGAAAGAGCAAUAGUCGCCUGUCUAAAUGCCUACUUUAAAAAGGAAUUUAGGUUUGAAACGUUCCAUGUUCUUUGUAUAGGACAAAGUAAGUAAUAAAUUUGUAAGUAGAACAUUUUCGCGAUAAAUAGGCGCCAUAUUGGGAAAAGGCGGUACGGGGGGGGGGGGGGUAUAGAAUGCUUGUCUAUAAAGCAGUCGGAUUAGCACUUCUUAUAAUAAAUUAUUUUCAAGUAGGUCAUUGUUUUUUGUUAAGUAAAAAUGUAUUAAAAAGUCACAAAAGUUUAAGUGUGUUUUAAUAAAUUCUAUGUUGGCAAAGCUACAAAUUAACGAACAUUAUUGAGCGAACAUUUGGUCGUAGAUACGAUGUUGACAACCGUCAACGCGUCUCCCGCUAAACUUGUGUGAAUGCUAUUAAAGAGGAUGUUCUACUUACUCUGGGUCGCGCACUUCAAGUGUGUUGUAUACCUAUAGAUAUCCAAUUGCCAUGCGUAGCAUUUAGUAGUUAAUGAAUAGACAAAAACAUAGAUAAUAUAAUAGUUAAAUUGUAAGGAAGUAUUAUUUACUAGCUGACGCGACAGACGUCCUGUACAUAAUAAAUAAAAUACUGUUUUUAUGAAUCAUAUCUUUCAAUAAUAUUUCAUAACAUUAAGACUUAAUUCGCAAAAUAUGCUCCAUGUGUUUAUAAUGAAAUUGUUAAAAGUUAGAACUGUCAAACCGUGCCUCAAUAAAUUCUCUCAUUAUUCCGUUCAUUAGUUUAAAGGUCGGAACGCAUUACAGCGGCGCUGUGCUGCGCGUCGCUUCACGUCGCUAGACGGUACCUACCGCACUACAACUGCAGUAAGCGGUAGCUCGCGUAAUUCAUCACAAGAUGAGCGACGAUAGUGACGCGCUUUUGAAUCGUCACUAUAAAUUGUUCUUUUAAAUUACUGAAUCAUAAUGUUCGGAAAAAGUAGAGCUCAUGAAAAGAACAUACAAGAAAUACAACGGCCAUUUUUUCAAUCAAUAGAGUACAAUUUUACAAUGGCUAUAAUAUACAAAAUAAAUUAGUUUGUAAGGUAUGCAUCCAAUAUAUAUGAAUAAAAUAAUAAUUAAAUUAAAGUAAUAAAACUAAUAAUUAAAUUAUAAGACAUAAUUCUAUACACUUAACAAUUAACAGUAUGUAUACUGAAGCGACGCGCCGCCUGCUGUGUCGCACUGAGCGUCGCUGCACUGCGCGUCAAAAUAUUCUCUCGGAGGCAACUCUGCCGCGACGCGCAGUGCAGCGACAUGCUCCAUACAAAAUGGUUGAAAUAAUAUCUAAUAUGACCCUUAGUGCCGCGCAGUGCAGCGCUGCGCAGCGCCGCGCUAAUGUGUUCCGGCCUUAAGAGUUCACUGGGAACAAACAUCAGGACAUUUAUAUAUGUAUAUUAAGAUUUCCGGAACGGAUUGAGUUAGGACAUAUUUGUAUAUGAACUCAUUAUUGUAAUUAGAGGGUAGAUAUGUUAUUUUUGAAUUAAUAUUUUGAAUUGUAGUACUUAGUUGUUUUGUUAUAAAUCUACUUGUUUCUGUAUAUAGAGAUAAAAAUUUCGA